UGUGUUGGUACGACGCAGUCACUUUUACCGGUACUCGCUCUGUACGAACUUUUUUGUUUCGCUGAAAAUUUCUGUUGUGAUUUACCAAGAAGCGGUUUAGUAGUAGUACCGUUGCGGCGUUGCAGGUUCCUCAAAGCGAAGUACCCCCGGUAGAAAAAAAAUAUUUUGUGGUGUGCGUGUGUGUGUGGAUUCAAGUGAAAGUUUUCGCAAGUUGAAGAACCAGGUUCAAGGAAAACCAGCAUUAAAUUUGCAAUGCGAAAAAUACCAUUAAACUGGCACUGGAUUAAAACAUUCAUUUUUCAAUAAUGACAAACGACCAAUCCGAAAUGCCUGAAAACAAUGGGACAACAGCCACAAAUGGCAAUGUAGAGACUGAAAUCGACUUGACUGAAACCGAUGCUUGCCUGGACCUGAAACAACCCAAAAAAACCAAACUGCCAUUCUUAGAAAAAUACAUUUCAAAUUUACAAGAGAAAACGCAUUUAACUAGAAACUGGGUGCUUAUAUUGUGCAGCCUUGUUGUUGCAACUGCGAUAUUUUUAUUAGUGAUUAUUGGAAUGACGAUUGGUUGGCCCAAAUUACCGCAUACGUAUAGAUAUCCUUUGUGUAAAAGUCCAGAAUGCUUAAGAGCAGCAGCACAGAUACAAGAAAACUUAAACUAUUCAUCUACAUCGUGUACAAACUUAUGGGAAUCCGUGUGUUCGCAUUACAAUGGAAAAUCCGCGAGACCUUUAGACAGGCCAGUUUGGAAUCAAAAGGAAAUUUUAAUUCAGAAAGAAUCUGAAAGAUUACGAAAUGUAAUAUCGACUUUGGAGUUGCCCUUGCACACUGGCACAGUGGAAUGGAAGCUGAAGCAUUUUUACGAAGCUUGUGUGGACGUUGACAGUAUUGCUUCGGACGGUGCCAGGCCUUUGACCAAUAUUAUUUCAGAAUUGGGUGGCUGGUACAUUUUACGGGAUUGGAACGAUGAGGACUUCAAUGGGAUGCAAGUUCUCAAUACGCUCCAGGUGCGCUAUGGUGUGUCGGCUUUUUUCAAAAUCCACGUGGAACCGGAUCCUCUCGAACCCGACGCUAAUAGCAUCAGAAUCUCACCAUCCGGAUUAGGACUACCUGACAAGGAAUAUUAUUUUCGAGAUACUGAGGAUCCUAUUUUGACUGCAUACACGGACUAUAUUAAAGACGUUGUGAUAUCGUUGAGUAGCACCAAAAAUAACGCUGUCAAAUUUGGCAAAGACAUUUUUAACUAUGAGAAACGACUGGCGGAAAUUACGCCUGAUUUAGUUAGUCUUCAGGAUCCUAUAACGACUUAUAACGCUGUUUCUAUGGCUGAACUUAAACAUACUACUAGCACUAUUCCAUUUUAUGACAUUCUACAAGCAAUGUACCCUGAAGUGAGCAUUUCCGACAACACUCAAGUCUUAGUUACUUCUCAAGAAUACCUGACUCAAUUAUCACAAAUAAUAUCGUCGACGGAUAGACGUACAAUGAACGGGUACCUAAUAUGGUCGUUGGUAAGACAGUAUAUACCGUUUCUAUCGGAAAAUUAUAAUGCGGCAGUCAAUUCAUUUAACAACGAAUUAUUCGGCCUGUCAAAGACGAUGGAAAGAUGGGAUAUUUGCACGGGACUAGUGCGAAAAUAUAUGGCAGUGGCUGCUGAAUAUCAAUUGGAAAAACUGUAUCCUGUUUCGGAUGAUACCAAAAAAAUAUUGAAUAAUACUUUUGAAAAUAUUCUUAAGGUUGUUAAGAAGAAAGUUGGCAAGUUUGAUAAUACCGCUAUGUUGAAAGAACAUUUAAAAGCCAAACUCAACGCAGUUUCUAUUCAAAUUGGUCUUCCUCAAUCAACCAAAGAUGUCAUGUUUCUAAAAAAUUACUACAAAUCUUUGAAAAUUAUAAAAUUGAAUUUAUUCGAAAGUGUAAAAAGUGCAAUGGGUUUUCAAAAGAAAAUAGAAGAAAGGAUGUUAUUGAACACUUUACCUGAAGCUGUUUAUUUAAAAGAAACUCUAAAAAAUGUUCCUAGUGUAAGGUAUAUACCUUCAAAAAAUAUCAUUGUGGUGCCAAGGAGUUUAACUAUGGAGCCAAUUUUUGAAAACGGAUAUCCUGAUCCAAUUCGCUAUGGUCGUCUAGGUGUGGAAAUAGCCUCAGCUAUUUUAUCAUCGAUUUUGCCUUUUGGCAGCUUAUGGACUGCAGACAAAAAGAUUUUGUCGCCAUUCCACAUGACUGUUAAUGAAUCUCUUAAAACUACACAGCCUGGAGUUGAUUGUCUCUAUAAUUACAUUUUAAAAAGUAUAGCAAACAUACCAGCUUCGAGAGCCAGGGCUACUGCUUUGAAUGCUCUCAAGGAGAUUUCAGCAGUAAAGAUUGCCCAUGAAGCACUCACAGAAUUAUCCAUCAAUGGAAAUCAUAUUCAUUAUGCAGGCGUGGAACAGUACGAACAAUCUGGAUUGUACUUUUUAAGUUUUGCUCAGACUCAGUGUAUGGAAUCUACACAAGAAUAUGACAUAUACAAUAAUUUAUUGCAGUUUAGGCUUUCUUCAAAAUCAAUGUUGGGUUUGAUUUGGACCCAGCUGGCAGAUUUUCCAAAGGCCUUUGACUGUGACUCGAGAGACCAAUUCAUUUGCAAUCAAAUUUUUUAAAGGUUGCUCUUUUUUAUAUAAAUAUAUUUUUUUUUUGUUGAAAUUGAUUUUUUGGUUUGACGGGUGCACUAAAUUAUUUAUUUAUUUUUCGCCAGAAGAAACAAGGUUUGUGACACAUUAUUCAGUAUUAAACGUCUUAUUUUUGCUUUACUAGUGGUAUUCGUUAAUUAUUAUCGAUAGGUACACAAAUAUUUUUUUUUAGAAAUGUCUAUGUUUAUAAUAAACGCUAUUUUUCUAUUUA